AUGGAGAACGUUAAAGCUAAAUCAUCUUUCAGGCUUCUGGCUGUUGCAGUUGCGCUCUCUUACAUACCACAAUAUAUCCGCAUCAAGACUCGUCAAAGCACCCGAGGAAUUUCGCCCUUCUUCGUCUUGUUCCGGUCCAUGAGUGCCACAAGUGUUCUGGCAAUGUUUUUACCGCAAGCAGCUUCACGCGAGUUGUUGCAUAUUUGUCAGAUCCAUGACAAGGGGGUGACCUCUGCCGGCCGGUGUCUACUGCAGAUGACUGACCACUGGCAGUUGGUCGCUGACUGGAUCGGGGCUCAGGGUUUUCUUUUCAUAUACCUCUAUUACCAGUAUUACGGCAACUCUUCCCACUCCAGUACUCAAUCUCCAAAUCUAACCCAGGAAGAGGUGGGAGAUAGAGGAGAGGAGGAGGCAGAGGAGGAGGAGGGAGAGGAGGAGGGAGAGGAGGAGGGAGAGGAGGAGGGAGAGGAGGAAGGAGAGGAAGGAGAGGAAGAAGAAUAUAUUCCUCAACCAUCCCGGACUCUCAUAUCCAAAGUAACCGCAAUCAGUAUCGGGUUGUAUUUGGUCUUGUUACCCUCCACGGUCUUCUCCAUUGACACUCGGAUACCAGAUGUCGAUUUCACCAUCACUAUCGCUUCUGUCUAUUGGCUAUUGGGAAUGACUAUUCUCUCGGCCAUCCUUUCUCCUAUCUGUUACAUGCCCCAGUUGUACCCCUGCAUGAAAAGUCUUUUCCGAGGAAAUGCAGGAGCAGGAGAGGGAGUAAAAGAAGAAGAAGAAGAAGAACGCCCGCAUUCCCUCAGUCCGUGGACGACGGGGAUACAGAGCAUUGUGUACAUUCUACUGCUCGUGGCUCACAUUGUUCGGUACUGGGAUGUUAAUGAUUAUGGAGAUUUCGGAGAUGGACCUGACUUGAACUAUGUACUUGCGAUGUAUUCUCUGCUUUUUUGUGUCUGGAUCCAUCUUGUCAUCGUGGCAUUGCAGCAGGGGUUGUUGCUGAGCUUAUGGAGCUAUUUUUAUUAUCGUGAUUCUUAUCGUUCUGCAACCCGGAAGAGAACCGAUAAUAAUCAACGUACAACACUGGUGUCUGGAGCUGGACCCGAUGAUAGUGGCGAAGGUGAUGGCGACGGGGAUAUUGCUGACGAACGGACACCUCUACUGUCCUGA